UUAUUCUGACAUUUGGCCGGAUGUUGUGGCUGACGUCACUCUGCGCCCAUGUCCAGCUUCUCGCCACACACGUGAAGUCAGAGACAAGACUCCAGUGAACUCAUGUCGAAAGCUAAACAAAAACGAGCCAAACGUCUCGGCUUCCUCGGAAAGUUUAAGAAUACAGAUGGACGGAAGGGUGAUUCUUCGGGGCGGACAAAGAACUCAGAGCAGUCAUCUGCACAGCAGCUCAAAGCCCAAAGAAAUCCAGAGGAAAUCAGGAAGCAACGGCUUCAGGAACUCCAGGAAAAGCAGAAAAUCUCUAGAGAACGAGAGCUGAUGAAGAGGAGGAAUUUGCAAAGCUUUCAGAAUGACAUCCUACAGCGACAAAGAGAUUUUGAGCAGAGGGAGAUCGAGAUGCAGAGUUUGGAGAAGCAUGUUAACUUUGAAAAUGAGAAUUCAAGAAAAGCAUAUUACAGAGAAUUCAAAAAGGUAGUCGAGGCUGCAGACGUGAUUUUGGAGGUUUUGGAUGCACGUGACCCUCUUGGCUGCAGGUGUCCUCAGGUGGAGCAGGCAGUCAUUCAAAGUGGAACAAACAAGAAGAUAGUUUUAGUGCUCAAUAAAAUUGAUUUGGUGUCAAAGGAAAUUGUGGAAAAGUGGAUAAAAUAUCUUCGUAAUGAGUUUCCUACUGUAGCUUUCAAGGCAUCUACCCAGCAACAGACAAAGAACUUGAAACGCAGUAACGUACCAGUGACGCAGGCCACCACAGAGCUUCUCAGCACCAGUGCUUGUGUUGGUGCAGAUUGCCUGAUGAAGCUACUCGGCAACUACUGCCGCAACCUAGACAUAAAGACGGCCAUCACUGUAGGCGUUGUAGGCUUUCCAAACGUGGGAAAGAGUAGUUUGAUCAACAGUUUGAAACGAGCACGAGCAUGUAGUGUCGGAGCCACUCCUGGUGUCACCAAGUGCCUUCAGGAGGUGCAUUUGGACAAACACAUUAAGCUGUUGGAUUGUCCCGGCAUUGUCAUGGCAACUUCAACAACUGAUGCAGCAAUGAUUCUUCGUAACUGUGUGAAAAUCGAACAGCUUGUUGAUCCUCUACCACCUGUUGAGGCCAUCCUUCGACGGUGCAACAAGGCACAGAUCUUGGAGCACUACGGCGUCCCAGACUUUCACACACCUCAGGACUUUUUGUCUUUGCUUGCUCGACGUCAAGGCAAACUAAGAAAGGGAGGACUGCCUGACACUGACAAAGCAGCUAAGAGUGUGUUAAUGGACUGGACAGGAGGAAGGAUCAGCUACUUCACGCACCCUCCAGAGACGCACACUCUUCCCACACACGUCAGUGCUGAGAUUGUUACAGAGAUGGGUAAAGCUUUUGACUGGGAUGAGCUUGAGAAAGGAAACCAGGAGGUGCUUGCAGAGUCAUCUUGUCCUGAUAUCCAAAUGGGCUUCUGCAUGGAAACUACUGGAAUGACUCAAGGUGGACAGGAUGAACCACCCUCUGACUUGGAAAUGGUAGCGGGUUCCUUGGAGGAACCUGAAUUUAAAGAUGAAACUGAAUCUAUGGAGGAUGAGCAGGACCCAGAGUUUGGACCAAUGACAGUGGAGAUAAAAUCCCAGAAGUCAAAGACUGACUUCCCUGCAAAUGAUGCUGCCCCCAAGCCUCCAAGUUUGAAUGAUAUCUUGAAUGUAGAUCCACUACAACAAGGACAGGCACUUAUGGCUGCUAGCAAGAAGAGGAAAAAGCAGCAGAAAAGAGCUGAUAAAAUUGCCACCAAACUCUCAGACACCUUGACAGCUGCAAUGGACUUCUCAUUUUCAGAUAGCUGAAAAUAGAUUGAAAUAAAAGAUUAAAAGAAUAAAAUAUG